GGGCAUCGACGGCCACUCACCACUCCUAUCCCAGUCCCUGUGCCACCAGCAGCUGCCAACCCGGCUCUCCCCCGUCCUGACACAACCAGGCAACCCUUACACCUCCUCAGAGCAGCCAUGGACAGCAUCUACGAGAACACCAGCACGGGGGAGUACGAAGUGCCCAGCGACAUGGUGGACGACCUGGUGGCCUUCUACGAGGACCCCGACGUCCUGACCGGCAAGUACGAGAACACGCGCGCCGUCAGCCGCAUCCCCAGCCCCCCCGAGCUCCCGGCGCCCCAUCUCCCCGCCAAGAGCGGCUCCUCGACCUCUUCCUCCUCGUCCUCCUCGUCAAGCUCCGAGGAUGAGGAGACGGACGGAGAGCAGGGCAUCGACGCACGGAUAGAGCACUGGAACAAACGGGUGGAGAGAGACUCUGUGAAGGUCAGGAGAGGAGAGGAGAGCAGGGAGAAGAGAGAGGAGGAGGAGGAAGAGGAGAAGAAGAAGGAGAAGAAGAGGAAGGAGGAGGAAGAGGAGAAGAAGAAGAAGGAGGAAGAGAAGGAGAACAAGAGGAAGGAAGAGGAGCUGGAGAGGAAGAGGAAGGAGGAGGAAGAGGAGCUGGAGAGGAAGAGGAAGGAGGAGGAAGAGGAACUGGAGAGGAAGAGGAGAGACGAGGUGCUGGACAGGAGGUCCUCGUCUUCGUCCUCUUCAUCAUCGUCAUCUUCGUCGUCUUCUGAGGGGAAGGGAGAGGAAAAAGCUGGAGCGGAGGAGUCAAAGGUCACACUCUAUACCAAGGCGGGGAGUGAUGGAGAGAGCAUCGGGAACUGUCCCUUCUCCCAGCGCCUCUUCAUGAUCCUGUGGCUGAAGGGCGUGGUCUUUAACGUCACCACCGUGGACCUGAAAAGGAAGCCCCUGGACCUCCACAACCUGGCCCCAGGUACCCACCCCCCCUUCCUGACCUACGAGGGCGAGGUCCGCACGGAUAUCAACAAGAUAGAGGAGUAUCUGGAGGACAAGCUGGCCCCGCCAAAGUAUCCUAGUCUUGCAGCGAAGAACCAUCAGUCCAACAUUGCAGGAAUCGACAUCUUCGCCAAGUUCUCUGCCUACGUGAAGAACACCAGACCAGAGAACCACAAAGUGUUGGAGAAGGCCCUCAACAAGGCCCUGGCAAAGCUGGAUGACUACCUGCUGAGCCCCCUGCCUGGGGCUCAGGACAAGGAGGAGGGCUCCCACAGGGGGUCCAAGAUCUCAACACGCCGGUACCUGGACGGGGACGACCUCACGCUGGCCGACUGCAACCUGCUGCCCAAGCUGCAUGUCGUCAAGGUGGUCGCCAAGAAGUUCCGCAACUACGACAUCCCCGCGGACUUCCAGGGGUUGUGGCGUUACCUUGGCAACGCCUACAGCCGCGAUGAGUUCACCAACACCUGUGCGGCGGACGCAGAGAUUGAACUGGCCUAUAAGGACGUCGCCAAGAGGCUCGGCAAGUAAGCCCCGGUCCAGUCCCGCUCCCAGGACACCAGUGCACUCCCGUUUGUUUUCCUUUUGAACUCUGCAUUAAAAGAUUAUUUUUUGUUUCUUGAAGUGCUAUUUGAAGCAGGAUUCCCCGUGCUGCCCUGUAAUGUGGGGCAUGUGUCUCAGCCAAAGAUCAGUAGAGGGGAUUGAAUGGGAAAUCUCCUUUGGUUUUUCCUCAAAUGUACGGAAAGCGAACAUGUUUGGUUCGUCUGUGAAUAUACAAGGAUUGUUUUACCAUGUUCUCCAGUAGUUUGACAAAUCAUUAUUGUUUUUUUUCUUAUUUAAUCAUAAAUGACAAGAUAAGAGGAAUGUUUUUGUGAGAGAUUGAUAAGCCUUUAAAAUGAAUAUGCCCUGGGAAAAAUACAUAUUGUAAAUUAGAGCCUGGAUAAAACAGCAAAUAUUUUUUUUAUUCUUGUUUGCUAAACAGCGAGUGCCUUAAAAUAAAAUCUCUGAUCUGUGUACCAUAGGAAAAUAUAAUUCAAAACAAAAUAUCUGAUUUUGUGACGAAAAUACUGGAGAUCUAAAUUAAAGUGUAUACUGACCCAAAUAUGUUCAUAAUUUGAUGAUACAAUUGUUUUAUGACAAUAUGACAUCAUAUAUGAUAUUAUUCAUUCUACUAUGAACGACUUUAAUAAUGUACAUGAUUAUAGCUAAUCUAUGCUUGUGAUUACUUGAACCGUAUUUGAAUAAUAAAUCUAUUUUCUCAGUCAA